CCCGCAGCAAGUCAAGUCAGACUGUGCUCAGCCCCUUCCUACUUGUCUGGAGGUUCGGGUUGAUCGGAGAGCCAAGAGGACGUUAUUCGGGAGCUGCGCUCCUUCAGGUGAACGAAGGCUCAGUCGGACUCUCGGGGAGGGGAGCGAGCGAGCCAAGACCAGCGACUGGAUUGGAACUUUUUUUUUGUACGCCUGAAACACUUCUUGGGAGAGUGAGCCGGGAGUCAUGACGACCUUCUCGGCUCUGUGGGUGCUCUUACUGUGCCAGCUUUUGACGUCCUCCUCAGGCCAGAGGCCUGGCCCUCGAGGAUCUCCUGGGGCAGCAGGGCCGCCUGGGCCCCCUGGACGGGACGGCAUUGAUGGUAGGCCCGGACCUCCCGGCAUGGCAGGCAAAGCUGGCCCCAAAGGAAAAUCAGGAAAACCAGGAGUGGCAGGAAAACUAGGAUUGCCGGGACUUCCGGGGGUGGACGGUCUGACUGGUCCUGAUGGUCCCGCUGGGAAGGAAGGACCUCCAGGGGAGGCAGGAGACCCGGGACCUCCUGGGCCACCUGGACCUGCUGGCAGAGGGAGAUCGGGAGCACCAGGUUUACCCGGGACCAAUGGGUUGCCCGGUGGAGUCGGACCAAUGGGUCCUGUGGGUGCUGAGGGUCUUCCAGGUCUUCCAGGACCUCCUGGUCCUGACGGGCCACCUGGUCUUCCUGGUACUCUCCAAGAUCUCACUGGUGACCUUCUGUGUCCUGCCAUCUGCCCCCCUGGUCCUCCUGGUCCUCCAGGGAUGCCAGGAUUUAAGGGUCACACGGGCCAUAAAGGAGAUAAGGGAGAAGUUGGGAAAGAUGGAGAGAAGGGUGACGCUGGUCCUUCAGGUCCCCCAGGUUUUCCAGGAACAGUCGGCCUACAGGGCCCACGUGGUCUGAGAGGUUUGCCAGGUCCUAUGGGACCUGUGGGAGACAGAGGUCUGCCGGGGUUCAGAGGCAAACCUGGCAUUGCCGGCCUCAUCGGAAAGACAGGCGAUACUGGAGAAAGGGGUCCUCAAGGUUUCAGAGGUCCCAAAGGAGAAAUUGGUAAAAUUGGUCCGAAAGGAGCCGUCGGUGGUGCCGGGCCCAAAGGCGAGCCCGGAAUUCCUGGCAGAGAUGGCAAAGAUGGCACACCGGGCAUGGAUGGCGAGAAGGGCGAUGCCGGGCGACACGGGGUAGUUGGAGAAAAAGGACCAAAUGGACUUCCUGGUCUACAAGGAAAGGCUGGUAGCAAAGGAUCCAAAGGAGAAGUUGGUGACCCAGGAAAGGCCGGGGAGACGGGACCCUCUGGAGAGCCAGGUAUUCCUGGUGACAUCGGCGUACCGGGAGAGAGAGGCAUAGGUGGACCCAGAGGAGUGGCUGGAGGCAUUGGACCUGCAGGCAACCAAGGACCUCAGGGAGUGAAAGGUUUCCAGGGCAUUCCAGGAACUUUGGGGGAUCCAGGUCUUCCAGGACCAACAGGGAUCCGAGGAGGGUUUGGUGAAAGAGGGCCGGUUGGAGCUUCGGGAGCCAAGGGAGACAUGGGUGUAGCAGGAAGCGAUGGUUUGCCUGGAGAAAACGGAGAACCGGGUCAUUUUGGACCAGCUGGACAAAAAGGACAGGCAGGAAAACGAGGAGAGCUGGGACCUAAAGGUGUCUAUGGGCCACAAGGAGAACUUGGGGCAAGAGGGCCCCCGGGAAAACCAGGACUAAUGGGCUUCCAAGGAGAACAAGGUCUUCCUGGGAUCGCUGGAAAGACAGGUGUACCUGGUAAACUCACAAGUGAACAGCACAUCAGAGAGUUGUGCGGCUCGAUGAUCGAUGAUCAGAUUGCACAACUGGCCGCCAAUCUUCGCAGACCUCUGUCACCAGGGAUGGUCGGCCGGCCGGGACCAGCCGGACCUCCGGGACAGCCGGGAUCAGCCGGCUCCGUCGGUCACCCGGGUUCCCGUGGACCUCCAGGAUACAGAGGCCUGCCAGGAGAACUUGGAGAUCCUGGUACCAGAGGUGACGUUGGUGAGCAGGGUGAUAAGGGACCCAUUGGCAAAGGAAUCGAGGGCCCCGUUGGAGACCGAGGAGACCAAGGUCUUCCCGGAGUCCUGGGAAUUGUUAAAGAUGGCCGUGAUGGCUCUCCUGGAGAUCCAGGUGAGCCUGGAGAUCAUGGCAGGGUAGGUAGGACUGGGCACCAAGGACCUCCUGGAAUCUGUGACACGUCAGCCUGUCAGGGAGCGUCAGUUGCGGAGAAAUCAUCUAGCCGUAAAAACUAUUAAACCUUGUUUCCUGCCACCUGUUUCCAUUCCAACCAACAACAAAAAAGGUGGGGAGAAAAAAGGGAGGAGAUGAUGGAAUUAAUGACAUGUUCACAAAAAUCUCUAUUUGAAUACGCAUAUCACAAGUUGGAAGGAAAACAUCGACGUGUGACAUUUUCGAAGGAACAGAUGAACGUCCGACAUGUGACAACAAGAACAGCAACAGAGAGCCCCCCCACUCCCUCAGAAAUCUGGCUAUCAUCCAGAAGUAAGAUGGCUGAAUGGACAAACGUGCUGAAACCAUCAGCAAUCGCUCCAAAUAUUUUCAAAUUUUGAACUAAAAAAGAAUGAGUGCUUUGUUAAUAAAACCCUUGUACAUGUUGUCCUUGCCCCCACUUCUAUGGUCAACUCUGACAAUAGCGAUAUCCCACCCCACACACACCCCCAGCUGUUUUGUUUUUCAUUAGUAUUAAUUUUGUUUCGUAACAUUUGAAGUUGAAUUUUUAGAAUCAAAUGCCAAAUGAAACUUGUGGAUGACGAAAUCAGACUUUGUAAAAUAAAUUCAGAAACCUUAGGUGCAGUUCUUUUCCCUUUUUUUUGACGUUGGAUUCUACAAUGACCAUAUCCACUAUGUACUAGCAGUGCUGUAACUUUUACAUAAACAAUUAAACGCUAUUUAUUAUUUGUGGGUGACUGUUGUAUGCUUGAUAGAUGAUACAGCGACAUGUUGUAAGAAAUAAAUAAAGCCACUUUUCAGUAAA